GUUGUUGAUAUUUUUUCAAGUGCUUAUGCAUUAUUAUUUUUAAUUUAAUUGACAAAUCUACCAUUUUUAUUGGAUUUCAAUUCUUUUAUUUCCAAAAAGCAAAAAGUGAAUUCUGUUUGAUGGAUGUUAUUCUCUUUCAACUCUCAAAGUCUCAAUAAUUUGGAGCUUCGGAAUAGGCAUAGAUAAAUAAAGAAAAGAGUCGAAUUAAUGACUUGAUUUGUCUGCAAGCAACAGUAUGUCGAACACAAAUAAAUCUUCGAUCCUGAGACCGCCUCUGCGCGAACCCCUGCAAGAUCUGCAAGUGCAGUGCAGUGUUGCCAACUCAGAUGAGGACACAACUUCUACGAUCACGUUGGCAGCCCUGGCCAAGAGAAGAGUUAGCUUCUCGGGUAGAAACAGUGUCAAGGAAUAUGUGCCUUGUGCUGAGCCAAUCUGUGUAAUGAAUACGCCUGCCUAUGAGGAAUUAUUCUCACAUCUAUCAUCAGACUCUUCUUGCAUAGGAAACAAUUCUGGACAAACUGACGAGAACAUGAGCCAACCACUGAGCGCGAACCGGCCACGGUUGCCGCUUACAAGCAGACCCUCCCUGCAGCAACAAGCCUCCCGCAACAGCUUGCAACAGUAUCAAAAGUAUCGCAACGGAAUGCCGCAACAAUUUGCAACGCAAGCUGCAAAAGAUACGCAAGACGAAAGCUUCAACAACACUAGCGACAUGUCAAUGACCGAACCGAUUCUGUACGCGAGUUUCGCCAAGGACCAAGCCGCAGUUGACGUGUCGCUUGCUGUAAGCAACAUGUCGCUUGCCGCAAGCAACAUGACGCACGCUACAGGCAACAUGUCGUUGACAACUGUUAACGGACUCGCUGAUACAAGCAACGGUGAUAUGAGUUUCACGAGAGCAUUCGGGGUCAGCAACUCCACCUGUAUGAACCUUACCAACGAGACUAACAAUGGAAUGAGUUUCACCAAGGUUAACAAUGAUCAAUAUGCAGCCGACGACAGUAUGAGUGAGAUGAGUUUCACUAAGGCGCUUGUAGAUGUUAAUGACGACAGGUUUAAGAGCCAGAAUAACUCUACCUGUAUGAGUUUUACCAAGGCGAUGGUGGUGAAUGAUGAAAAUAUCCAGCCUAGUAACGUUAUGAAUCAAACCAGUUCUUCCCACAUGAGUUUCACCAAGGCGAUGGUGGUAAAUGACGAAAACUUGCAGCCUGGUAACGUUUUGAAUCAAACCAGUUCUUCCCACAUGAGUUUCACCAAGGCGAUGGUGGUAAAUGACGAAAACUUGCAGCCUGGUAACGUUUUGAACCAAAAUAGCUGUUCACAGAUGAGCUUUACCAAGGCGAUGGUGGUGAAUGAUGAGAAUUUGCAGCCUGGUAACCUUUUGAGUCAAACCAACUCUUCCCACAUGAGUUUUACCAAGGCAAUGGUAGCAAAUGAGAAUGAAAAUAUGCCUUCUGGCAAUGUUUUGAGACAGAGUAGCUGCUCACAGAUGAGUUUUACCAAGGCGAUGGUGGUGAAUGAUGAGAAUUUGCAGCCUGGUAACGUUUUGAGUCAAAAUAGCUGUUCUCAAAUGAGUUUCACCAAGGCAAUGGAAAGGAAUGAUGAGAAUAUACCCUCUGGUAAUGGUUUGAGCCAGAGUAUCUGCUCACAGAUGAGUUUCACCAAGGCCAUGGUAGGGAAUGAUGAAAAUAUGUGUUCGGGAAAUGUUUUGAGCCAGAGCACCUGUUCACAAAUGAGUUUUACCAAAGCAAUGGCAGGGAAUGAGAAUGAGAUUAUGCCUUCUGGCAAUGCUUUGAGUCAAAGUAGCUGUUCACAGAUGAGUUUUACGAAGGCUAUGGUAGGGAAUGACCCAAACCUUUCCACCGGCAACGCCAGUAUGAGUUUCACGAAAGCGUUCGACGCGAAAUCGGACAAGAUGACGAUCGACGACUCGAUCUGCGGCGGCAAUCCGAGAAACGCGACGCAGCUGACGUUGGGCGCGGAAAGCGAAGAGGAAAUGCGAAGACUGAUGCUGGAGGUGGAGAUGGAGGAGACGUUGGACAGUGAGAAGCUGAAGAGCUAUCGGUUGUCGGAUGUGAGCUUCCUGGUGAGGGAAAAUCUGGUGAGUGGGAAGGGCAGGAAGAAUACCGAGAACAAACUGGCCAAAUUGAGGAGGUCGUCUAUUGCUACUGUCGGGUCGAAUUCGCCGAUUGAUCUGUCGGUGACUGGUAAUCGAUUUGGGCAGCAGGAUAUCGACGAAGAAGAAGAGGAAGAAGAUGGAGGUGUAGAUGAUGAGGAGGAGGAAGAAGUGGAGAAGGUGGAAGAAGGAGUGGAAGUAGAGGAGGAAGUAGAAGUGAUAAAUGGUGAGGAAGAGGAUGUAAAACAGUGUGAAAGAGACGGAGAAGACAUAGAACAGGAUUUGGACCAGGAAUCAGGAAGUGUCGUUGAAGAAGAUUCAAAACACUUGAAAGGGAGUGAAUUGGAGGAAGCAGGACAGAAUGAGUUGGUGGUAGAGGAAGAGGUCGGAAGGAGGGAGGAAGUUGGGGAAGAGGUGGAAGUAAAGAGAGGAGGAAGACGGUUGAAAAGAGGUGGAAGGAAAAGCAUAGGAGGGAGAGCGUUGGAGAUAGCACUGGAAGAAAGCGGGAGAUUGAAGGAAUUGGAGGAUGAGGGGACUCAAGAAGGAGAUGAGAAUGACGGAGAAGAUGAUUUAGAAGAUGAAAUGUGUAGAGUAGAGGGAGAAGAAGAAGAUGAAGAGCUGAACAAAAUGGAAACUGACGCCGAAUGUAAUAAUGCAGACAACCUUAACAUGUCGAUUGAUAGAAACGACGAUAUUAUGUCAGAGAUGGACGUAUCGAUGACAAACGUGGAAGACAAGGAGAGCAGCAGAAAAGAUGAGACAUCAUUGCAUCUAGUGUUGAAAGAGGAGACUAUUUUCUCGGCCAGCAAGCGGGAGGAGUCGAAAAAAGCGGAUGAGACUUUCCGGUUGAAUCUGAGUGAAACGGAAGUUUGUGACAACGAACAAGGAGGAGGAGAGGAGGAGGAGGAGGAGGAGGAGGAGGAGGAGGAGGAGCAGGUUGUGAAUAAGAGAGAGGAGAUAUCAACUGAUGGGGCUAGUAGUGAAUCCACUCCGCCCACAAUGGUGCCCCAUGCCCUUCUGUCAAUGGUGCCUCCAUCGGACCAGGUGCUACAAGGAUGCCCAAGAAGCAAACGGAAGUCAGACUCGUUGGACUUGAGUCGCGAGGAGGGUGACGUGAUUGAGAGUCCGUCGAAGUUGGCACGCCUGGAGCCUGUGACGUCAUCAAGAGAGAUAGUCACGUCCUACAUGGAAAAAGAAGAAGAACAGCUGCCGACCAGUGCGCCUAGAAUUUCAAAUUCGACAAGAAGCAGAACACCUCGCCAAUCUUGCGGCUCACAUUUAGACCAGAGCAUGGCGUUCUCGGAGGUGGACUUGUCGCUGUGGCAGGGCAGCGAACUGAACAGCACAAGUGGCACCUCUUCACUGUGCACGUCGGCUAGCACUGCAGCGGUGCCUGUCUGCUGGCAACAGGUGCAGGUCGGGUCACACCACACGCGCUACACCUUCUACGAGGGAGCACUGGUGGCCAAUGUCCAAGACGGCCAAGCCGAGCUCACUGUCGAUCAAGAUUGUGACGACCACUACGUGGUUUGUGCUCGCAAAGCGAACCGGUUGUUCGGCGAACGGGUGGCCGCUUCCCAGAGCGAGGUCGAGGCGAUGGAUGUGAUUGGCGAGAUCAACCGAUUCGUCUACGAACACGACAAUCUGCACAGGGACCUCUGGCGGCUCUGGAGAAACGGCAAACUCGAUAUUAACGACGAUGGAAGCUUGAAGUACAAUGCAGUCUGCUUCGAGACAAGGAAAUGGUUCAGUGUCACAAUGGACCCGGAUAUUACAUGGGAAGCAGUUCCUGAUGACGCCAUAGUUUUCAAAUCAUUUAUUGGUGACAUCAAAGAAUCGUACAUCAAGCAUUUGUACCGUUGCUCCUUAUUGAGUCCGAAUCGCCUGAGGCAUUUCACCGAUUCUCUCGAAAAGUUCGUGACUACGCCGAAAGAAAAGGAAUGACAAUCCUACAAUAAUAGUAAUCAUACUCUUCUUGUCUUUAAAACUAUCAUUUAAAAAUUUAACAUUUCAUUCAUCAAAAGUGUUUUAUGUAGUCUAGUUCUUAUUUUUUAUAACAAUAUUACUUUGUAAAUAAUGCUUUAAUUUAAAUUAAAAAUAAAAUAAUAUUUACCUUAUUUUUCCUCUCCCUAUCAUUUAUAUGAUUUAUACUUACUAUAUCAAUAAA